AUACACGAAUGGAGCGGCACGGCAUACGAAUAUGCGAAUAUACAAGAGUUAAAGCUCACCCAUCGCACCGAACAAUACAGUAGUGGGGCGUUUAAUUAUAUAAUGAAAGUGUUAGACACAGGUAGUGUAGCUUUAAAUUUUAUCUUUUAGUCUUGUGACGCACAUGUCGCAGCAUUGUCAGUUCGUGUUGAGCGAAUCCUCCGAAAAGAAAUGUUAAUUAUUUUAAAAAUUUCUUUCUUUUGCCACUGACUCAUAUCAAUUCGUUUUUUGCUGUGCUGAACAAUCAACGAAAUUCUCGUUUAUUUUUUUUUCGGAUAAAUAAUCAAGAGACAGUGAUUUUUUGUUUGUUUUUUUUUUUUUAAUUUUAAAAGACACUCAGCCAACGGAAAAAAUCAAUGUGAAUUAACUGUUCCGUUAACAAUAAAAGUAAAUACUUGAAAGAAAAAAGGAUUUUUUUUGCUCGGUAAAUAUAUAAAAAUCAAGUGUGAUAAAAGUGUUGGUAGCUAAAGGAAAAACUGGCUUAAUUUUCCCGAGCUCGUGAAAGUGAUUUUGAUUUACAUAUUUCACCUUCCCAUCGAUUGUUUAAGACACACACAUACACAAAAAAACAUAAGAUGAACUAUGUUACAAGAUUUUAUGAAGGAUGGCGGGAUCUGAUGGACAAUAAAUCAGAUCCAAGAACCACAGACUGGUUUCUUAUGAGUUCCCCGUUCCCAACCAUUAUAAUCAGUUUAAGUUAUGCAUAUUGCGUUAAGGUACUGGGGCCCCGUUUGAUGGAGAACAGGAAACCAUUUGAACUUAGAAAAGUUUUAAUCGUAUACAAUUUUCUGCAAGUGAUUUUUAGUUGUUGGUUAUUCAAUGAAGCCAGUGCCGCAGGAUGGCUGAAUGGCUACAGUUUACGAUGCCAACCAGUCGAUUACAGCCGAUCACCGACAGCAUUGCGGAUGGCUUCGGGAUGCUGGUGGUACUACUUUUCAAAAUUCACAGAGUUCUUCGAUACCAUUUUCUUUGUGAUGCGAAAACGAUACGAUCAAGUUUCCACAUUGCAUGUCAUUCAUCACGGAAUCAUGCCAGUGUCCGUUUGGUGGGGCGUAAAGUUCACCCCAGGUGGUCACAGUUCAUUCUUUGGUUUCUUGAACACCUUCGUCCACAUCAUUAUGUACACGUAUUACAUGCUGGCCGCUAUGGGACCAAAAGUACAGAAAUACUUGUGGUGGAAGAAGUACCUCACCGUCCUCCAAAUGAUUCAAUUUGUAUUGGUGAUGGUGCAUGCCUUCCAAUUGCUAUUAGUAAACGACUGCAACUAUCCAAUCUACUUCGCCUAUUUCAUUGGUGCUCAUGCCAUCCUCUUCUACUUCCUGUUCUCACGAUUCUACAAACAGGCUUACACAUUGAAGCAAAAGCAAAAGGCUGAAGCCGCUCAAAUCGCAGCCAAUGACAAGAAGAACGAUGAUGCUGAUGUUGACGCUGAUUCGAAAUGCGAUGCCAUUAAAUUUUUAAAUGGUCAAACAAACAUUUACAAGACCAAGAUCGAUACAACGGUGACCAGAAGCCGUCAUUACGUUGGUUCAGCCAAUUAGACGAUCAUCCGUGUGUUUUUCAUUCAAACGUAGGGAAAUGGCAACAAAAAAUUCUAGCAAAUUUAAGUGCAACAAAAAAAAAAAUUAGGCUACAAUUAUCUUAAUUAUACGUUUCUUUUUAUAUGCAAUGAUGAUAUUUUAAUACAACACACACACACAAAAAAAACACUCACAUGCGCGCACAACUUUGUUUAUGUUUGACAAAGAAAUCCAUUUGCAUUUGACGAACAUAAAACAAAAGCAACAACAACCAACACACACACACACACAUAAGAAUAGAAGAUAAAUCACAUAAAUCAAUUCGACAAUUGAUACUUGAGAAAGAACAAAAAAAGCAAACAAAUAAAGACUACAAAUUGAUAUUGUGGUUCAUUCGUAGAAAAUUAUGGAUGGAAUUAACGCGGACAUUUCGAUUAAGCAUUGAUAUAAUUUUAUUGCGAAAUGAAUGAAAAAUUUCAUAAAUGUAAUUUGUACAGAAAAAAAAUCGAACGAAUAAAUUUAUUGUUACAGAAUAAAUAAAUAAA